UCUAAAUCUCUACGGCGAAGGAUUCAUCUCCCUCAGACUUAUCAUCAAUACACGCACAGAAAUGACGUCUAGGGUUUUAUGAUGAUCGGAUUCUGCACUUGAACCCUAGCUACCAUCUCCAAUCUCUUUGAAUUCAAGUUCUCAAAAUAUGUAUGCAGUUGUGAAGGUAAAGGAGAAAAUGUCGUCAAAUUCACCGUGUGCAGCGUGCAAGUUUCUACGUCGUAGAUGCAUACAAGAAUGUGUUUUCGCACCCUACUUUCCGCCAGACCAGCCUCAGAAAUUCGCCAACGUACACAAAGUCUUUGGAGCAAGCAACGUUGCCAAAAUCCUCAACGAGCUCAACCCCACGCAACGAGAAGAUGCCGUUAAUUCUUUAGCCUACGAGGCCGAUGCAAGGCUCCGGGAUCCUGUUUAUGGCUGUGUGGGAUUAAUCUCGAUUCUCCAGCAUCGAUUAAAGCAAGUCCAGAUCGACUUAGACAAUGCUAAAAGGGAACUGUCUAAUUACAUUGGGCCAUCGGCCAUGCUUCCAAUUUUGAAUCACGGUUUUAUUCAACACUCAGUUGUACCUUACAACAUGCAGCCGGAACCAGUUUUGGGAUUGACCGGACCCAGGAGUAGUUGUUUCCGGGAGGUUCAGCACCAUCAGCAAAUACUCCAGGAUCAGCAGCAGCAGCAGCAACAACUGCUUGCUGCCACUGGUGACAGAGAACAGCCGGAGGUGUUAAGAAACUACGAUGAUCAGCAACAGCGGUCGGCGGAUGUUCUAGGGUAUAACAGUGGGUUUGAUGUAGUUUCAGCACAGGUGACUGGUAGCGAGUUCAGCCAUAUGACCACCACCGCUGCAGCCAUGUCACCUUCUUUAUCAUUGGGAGGCUCUUAUGAUAAUAACAUAUAUCAAAUCCAACACCAACCACAGCAAGUUCCCCACCACCUUCAGCCGCAUCAGCUUUUGCUCCAGCAGCAACCACAAAGAGCCGGUAGUCCGGAAGGUAGGAUUGUCAGACCGUGUUGAU